AUGGCUGAAGCAAUUGUUUCUUUUGCCUUAAAGCAACUGGGUUCAAUUCUUUCUGAGCAGGCGUCUGGCUACAUCAGAAAACAAGUGAGCCUCGUUGGGGAUGUUGACGAAGAAGUAGACAAGCUUACCAACAACCUUCGAGCCAUUCAAGCUGUGCUAUUUGAUGCAGAGCAAAAACAAAUGAAGGAAGAAGCUGUGAGAGUAUGGUUACAUCGGCUGAAAGACGUAUGCUAUGAGGUGGAAGAUGUGUUGGAUGAGUGGAAUACUGCAAUCCUGAAAUUGCAAAUUGAGAGAGGUCAAGAUCAUAAUGCUCUUGGUCCGAAGAAGAAGGUGAGUUGCUUCUUUCCAUCUCCUUGUUUUGGUUUCAAAGAAGUUGUUUUACGUCGCGACAUUGCAGUUAAGAUAACUGAUAUAAAUAAAAAGCUAGAUGUUAUAGCCAAAGAGAAAAGUGAUUAUAAUCUUAAUGUGAUUAUGGCUAUUGAGAGACCAGAUAAUCAACAAAUGCAAACAACUUCUUUUAUUGAUGUGCCUGAUAUAAUUGGCAGAGAUAAUUUGAAGAAGGAUUUAGUAAGUAAGUUAUUGUGUGAGGGCAGUGAACAAAACCUCCAUAUCAUCUCACUUGUAGGGAUGGGAGGAAUUGGAAAAACAACUCUUGCCCAAUUUGCCUACCUUAACAAUGAGGUGGAGAACAAUUUUGAUAAAAGAAUAUGGGUGUGUGUAUCAAAACCUUUUGAUGAGAUUAGGAUUGCCAAAGCGAUCUAUCAGUCUCUCAAAAAUCAGACACCUAAUGCGACAGAAUUAGAAUAUCUUCUUCAAUGUAUUCAUGACUCUGUUAAGAGUAAAAAAAUUUUGCUUAUUUUAGAUGAUGUAUGGACUGAUAUUGACAAGAAAUGGGAACCGUUCUAUAAUUGUUUAAAGAAUGGUCAUUGCGGAAGUAAAAUUUUAAUUACCACACGUAAUAAAUUGGUUGCACGUAUGAUAAAUUCAAUUGAUAUUGUGAAUGUUGGUGAAUUACCUUACGAGGAGAAUUGGUCAUUGUUUGAAAAGCUAGCAUUUUUUCAAAGACCUCCUAAUGAUUAUGAAAAUUUAGAAGAAAUUGGUAGGGAAAUAGUUAGGAAGUGCAAGGGGUUACCUCUUGCUACAAUAACUAUUGGGAGUCUCCUGCGGUUUAAAGAAUCUAAAGAGCAAUGGCAACAUGUUUUAGAUAGUGAACUGUGGAAGUUGGAGAAUGUUGAAAAAGAUCUUUUAACCCCUUUGAUGUUGAGUUAUAAUGAUUUACCUCCGAUGGUUAAACAAUGUUUUAUAUAUUGCUCCAUAUUUCCAAAAGAUUAUGAGUAUAUGUAUAAAGAUCGAUUGAUUGAUUUUUGGAUGGCUCAAGGUUAUCUUGGGUUAGAAAAAAAUGGUGAGAAUGAGGAGAUAAUUGGUAAAGAGUAUUGUGACUAUUUACUGACAAGAUCUCUCUUACAAGAGAAUGAAUCUUGGUCUUAUAAGAUGCAUGAUAUAGUGCACGAUUUUGCACAAUUUUUGGGUAACAAUGAAUGCUUAUCUGUAGAAGUCCAUGGUGUUGAAGAUCUAAUUACAAACUCUUCUCAUGACAAAGUUCGUCAUCUAAAGUUAACUCUUGAUGGAGUCGGGGCUUCAUUUCUUGAAUCUACUUUUAGAUUAAAAUGGCUGCAUAGGAAUUGUUUGAUCGAAACAUUGCCUCAAGGGAUUGAAAAAUUGGUAAAUUUGAGGCGUCUGCAAUUUGAAACUUUUGAUCAUGCACUACUUUACAUGCCAAAAGGGGUUGAGAAAUUAACAGGUCUUCGAAGAUUAAGUGAAUUCGUCAUAUCAGGUGGUGGUGAUCAUGAUAACAAAGCUUGUAGUUUUGAAGGACUGAAAAAUUUGAAUCGUCUCGAAGGGAGCCUUACAGUAAGAGGGUUGGGAAAUUUAACAGAUGUGAGCGAUGGUAAACUGACAAACGUAUUUAAGAGCAAGGAAAAACUCCACCAGUUGAAAUUAGAAUUUUGCAAGAGGGAAGAACAGGCGAGAUUAGGUGAGGAUGAUGAACUAAUACUCAAUACCUUACAACUGCCGCCAAAUUUAGAGAAUUUAUCAAUAUACCGCUACAGAGGCAACACAGUACCCUCCACUAAUUGGAUGACAUUAACCAAACUGAAGGAGUUAACACUUGAGCGUUGCUCCAACUGUAAGCAUUUGCAUCAUUUGGGAAAUUUGCCAUUCCUUAAAAUGCUAUGGUUAAUAGAGAUGUCCAACGUGAAAAAAGUGGACAAUGAUUUUUGGGGAAUCGAAAGUGAGACCUCAUCAUCAUCUUCAUUGUGCGUUCACUUUCCUAAGUUGACAGAAUUCAGCUUUUGGGACACGAGAGAAUGGGAAGAAUGGGAUUGCAAGGUAGAGGAAUUCAUGCCAUGUCUUGCUAGCUUGACUAUUGUACGCUGCCCCAAGUUAAAGGCACUGCCAGACCGCCUUCUGCAGAGGACAACACUCAAGCAAUUGCAUUUUAGUGAAAGUCCUAUUCUAACUGAACGAUACAACAAGGAAACAGGAGAGGACUGGCCCAAGAUCUCUCACAUCCCUUAUAUCGAGAUCGAUUGUAAGCCUGUGCAACAUGAGUAAUAACCAUCACUUGAGGAGCCACAGAUAAUAAGUAAUUAGGCUC